AUUUCUUCUUAUUUCUUCUUCUUCUUCUUCUAUAAAUUAUGUCAAUCAGUUAUAUAUUUAAACACAAAAGCGUAACUAUAAAAUUUGCCUGCCAAAGUCGAUGUAAAAACUAUUGCUUAGUUCAUAAACGAUAUUUUGAGACUAGCUGGUGUCCUGAUUGUAGUCGUAGUAAUUGUCUACAUAUUUAUCAUAUAUAUUCAUAUACUUUCUUUUCUAAUAUAUAUAUAUAUAUAUAUAUAUAGUAUCUUAAAUUGAUCCAGGCAUACAUUAUAUUUUCUUAUUGUAAAAGCCUAUACUUGUAUGUAUACAUGCAUACAUCAAUAUAUAUUAUGGAAUAUGUAUAAUGAAUAUAUCGCUUUCAUAUUAACUAAUCAAGAUCUAUUUUAUAUUAUUU